AAGUGGCGUCAAAGGGGCGGGGCUCCGCCGCUUCCUGCUUCCGGUGCAGCCGCGGGAUGGUGCUGAUCAAAGAGUUCCGCGUGCUGCUGCCCUGCUCCGUGGAAGAGUACCAGGUGGGGCAGCUGUUCGCAGUGGCGGAGGCCAGCAAGAACAACACGGGGGGCGGGGAGGGCAUCGAGGUGGUGGCCAACGAGCCCUACGAGCGCCCGGGCGAGGCCGGCCAGUACACCCACAAGAUCUACCACCUGCACAGCAAGGUGCCCACCUUCGUCAAGAUGUUGGCGCCUGAGGGCUCCCUGGUGUUCCACGAGAAGGCCUGGAACGCCUACCCCUACUGCCGCACCGUUGUCACAAACGAGUACAUGAAGGACGAUUUCAUCAUCAAGAUUGAGACGUGGCACAAACCCGACCUGGGCACCCAGGACAAUGUUCACGGUCUGGACACGGAGACAUGGAAGGACGUGGAAGUCGUUCACAUAGACAUCGCUGACCGGACCCAGGUGUCCGAGGAGGAUUACAAAGCAGAUGAAGAUCCGGCUCUUUUCACAUCCGUGAAGACGGGGCGAGGGCCACUCGGUCCAGACUGGAAGCGGGAACUGGCCAGUAACCAGGAGUCUCCCCACAUGUGCGCCUACAAGCUGGUGACGGUGAACUUCCGCUGGUGGGGCCUGCAGGGCCGCAUGGAGAAAUUCAUACACAAGCAAGAGCAACGGCUCUUCACCAAUUUCAACCGGCAGGUCUUCUGCUGGCUGGACAAAUGGGUGGAUCUGAGCAUGGCCGAUAUUCGCCGCAUGGAGGAGGAGACGCAGAAGGAGCUGGAUGAGAUGAGGCAGAAAGGCGCAGUGCGGGGGAUGGCGGCUGGAGACGAGUGACCCCGGCGGGUGCCACAGGACACUGACUUGGACUCUGCCCCCUCCCGCCUGGGAGCGAGGACCCCGCUGCCUUCGUGGGACCCCGGGGAUCCCCCUUCUCUCUCCGUCCAGCUGGGGGCGCUGGGAACCCCCUUCCCCGACUGAUCAUGGUCUAGCCCCCGCCCGGCCCACCCCACCCAGGCUCUUCCGGGGGGAGUGGGGGCUGCUGGCCCUGGCAACCCCCCAGUUCUCAACACGUUCCUGUGCCCCCUGGAAUCAUGGCGGGGGGAGCAGGGAGCCCCCGGAAAUGGUGCUGUUCCCCCGGAGGGCUGAUUGUCAGGGUCGGGAGAGGAUACCCCGGGCCGGGCGGCCUCCGCCGGACUCCAUGCGCCUGGGGUGGGGGCAGCGGGGGGGCCCCCUAGGGCCCCCCCUCCACGUUCUGUAACUCAGGAUGGUGCAAAAACAUGAUCAAUAAAGAACUUGUCAGACACAA